AUGCUUGGUUUGAUCUCUACGGCGAUUGGCUUUGAUACUUGGAAAAAUCCAAAGAGAUUAGGAGAGCAUGUUGGAUUGGUGAAUAGUUUUCACAACAAUGCUCUAAAGAUGGCUGACAAUCUAAUGAGGCAAGGAUUACCUUUUCGAGGUCAUGAUGAAUCAACAAAGUCAGCUAAUAAAGGAAACUUUGUAGAGCUUCUGAAUAUGAAAAAGCUAAGAGGACAGGGUUAUGAUGGAGCUAUUGGAGCUUCUUGUAAGAGAAAAGAUAAGAUUCGAGAAGAUCAGCGUAAGAUAAUCGAGGAAAGAGUUAGUAAGGGUAAAAUUAAGACAGGAGAAGGAAAAAAUCAGGAAUGUUCACUUCAAAGGCCUGGUAAUACUCGUUGGGGUUCUCACUACAAAACUUUAUUGAGAUUGGCUGAUUUAUUCCCCUCCAUUAUUAAAGAGUUUAAUGAUCGAUUUGACGAGAUAAACACUGAAUUGAUUGGUUGCACUGCAUCUUUGAGCCCUACUGAUUCAUUCCACCAGUUUGAUCAAUCAAAACUUGAAAGACUGUCAGAGUUUUAUCCUGAAGAUUUUAGUUCUAUGGAACGAAUAUCUCUUGGACAUCAACUUGGUAUUUACAUCGACAACAUCUCUGAAGAUCAAAGGUUUGCUAAUUUGGAGGGUCUUGGAGAUCUUGCACGUGUGAUGGUGGAGACCAAUAAACAUCUUUCACAUCCUCUUGUUUAUCGACUUUUGAAGCUAGUUUUGACUCUUCCUGUUGCCACCACUACAGUCGAGAGAUCUUUCUCUGCGAUGAAAAUUGUGAAGACUACUUUACGUAACCGAAUGGGUGAUGAAUUUCUGAAUGAUUGCAUGGUCUGCUAUACUGAAAAGGAGCACUUUGAUGAAGUGACAAAUGAUAUGUUGUCGUCAACUAUUUCAGUUUGA